CAUUUUUAUUCGUUUUUAAUAUUCAAAACCCCUGGAGUGGCACAGAUGUUUAAUAGGGACGAAGAAUCCGAUGAUUCAGCUGAAUUUUCAGAGCCAACUGCACCUUCCAAGCUUAUUAUAGGUAAGUUGGUUGGUACAGUUGGUGACAAAUACGCGAGGAAGUACGGCAAAAGUGAUGCCGCCAGAAAGCGAUUAAUCACCAAGAUAACUAAAACAUUACCAGAAGUGCUGUACAACUUGUUUGGCGUGGAGAUCCUUGUUACAGUUUAUUCUCCCUGUGUAAAGCAGAGAUCAUGCAAAACUGUGUCAACUGGGAUGAAUAUGAAUCUUUUUCUUGCAACUGAAAAUGGAAAAAGAUUCAGAAGACACCUGGAAAAACUUUCUUCGUGCUUCCCACGUCCUGAAUCCAACAUUGCAUGAAGGCUACAGGGCUAUCUUGAUUAAAGCUGGAAAAUUUGAACAACUGGAAGCCAAAGAAAUAGCUUCACCCAGUUUUACAUUUCAGGAUAUUCCAAGCGUACUUGCCAUAGAAAAGGUAAAUCAGGCUAAGAAGAAAGAAAUAAGGAGGGAGAAAAAACAAGAUUUUAUUAACACCCGCAGACUGGCUCGGGAGAAGGCAUUUGAAGUCCGCAUUAGUGAUGAAGAAGCUUUUUCUGAUGAAUUAAGUUCUCCAACAAUACCGGCGCUGCACAAGCUAAUUGAAGUCCAGGUUGCCAAUGCAGAAGCGGGUGAGGCAAGGCCGAUUCACGACAAGUUAGCUGAAGUGCUGAUGGGUGAUAGAGAAGUCUCGGUUGAAAUGUUUUCACCGAGAAGGCCCUGGCCCACUGCAAUCGUUCCUCCAUCUCCAAGAACUUCACUACUUCAGCCUGGUGAUGCAGAUCUGUAUCCUUUGAUGGCUGAAAUCACGAUCCCAGGCAUAAGACAACUAUCUACUCAACUUGCACAGUCACCAGCCGGUUCUGGAAAAGCUCAGGCCCAGUCAGCGAUCCCAGCCAACAAACAACUGUCUACUCAACGUGACUAGUCACCAUCUCCUUCUCAAACGGCUCAAGCCCAGUCAGUGAUUCCAGGAAACCAACAACUGCCUAUUCAACGUGCAAAGUCACCUGACCGCUUCCGAACGGUUCAGGCCCAGUUACUGAUCCCAGUAAACAAAAAACUGCCUACUCAACUUGCACAGUCAUUUUCUCGAAUGGCACAGGCCCAGUCAGCGAUCCCAUUAGGCAAACAACUGCCUACUCGACGUGCAAAGUCACCAGUACCUUCUCAAACAGCUCAGGCCCAGUCAAUGAUCCCAUUAGACAAACAACUGCCUACUCGACGUGCAAAGUCACCAGUACCUUCUCAAACGGCUCAGGCCCAGUCAGUAAUCCCAUUAGACAAACAACUGCCUACUCGACGUGCAAAGUCACCAGCCCCUUCUC